AGCUUUAAGAUCUGUUCGGGAGGGUUAGGGGCUGGUAGAUCGUUUAUCUAGAAACUCAAAGUCCGCCUCUAUCCUGUGCGGUCUUUUCCUUCGGACCUGCAAUGGAUGUGACGACUGGAUUUGCAUUCUUUAUUGUUUUUCUGCAACUAAUUCACGCGAAUGGACUUUAUAUAUCCAAUAGCAUAGAGUCUCUGCAGCAUGUCCUGAGGGAAUAUGGGGUGGUGAGGCCUGUGAACAGUGACGCAGAAGGCCGCUUCCUCUCAGGUGCUGUCUCCGCACCUCAGCUGGACAGCCAGCACCAGCAGGUCUACAGACGCUGGAGGAGGGAGGCUGCAGCCGCCUCAGACCCCAGCCAUGGAGACCUGGAGGAAGGAGAGGGCACCGCCAGGCACAGGGAGACACUUUUCUACAACGUCACUGUGUUUGGCCGGGAGCUUCACCUGCACCUGCGCCUCAACUCCAGGCUGGUGGCCCCCGGAGCUAAAGUGGAGUGGCAUGAGGAGGGCAACCAGACCCGCUACGAGCCUCUACUGGAGAGCGACUGCUUUUAUGUAGGAGAAGUCACCAACGUCAGGGACACAUCCGUCGCUCUCAGCAACUGUGAUGGCCUGGCAGGAAUGAUCCGCAUGGGGCGGGAGGAGUUCUUCAUCGAACCCCUGGAGCACCGAGGGGGUGGGGCAGGGGAGGAGGAAGGCGGAGACGGAAGACAUCACAUUGUUUAUCGCUCCUCUGCCAUUAAGAGACCCCAUGUCAAUCAAACAGCGGACUCUUACCCCCAAGGGUCAGUUCUGGGUGGUCUGAUGGACCUGCAGGCACUGUCCAGAGGAGUGCAGCAGCAGCAUCACAAACUGAACCGGACCAGGAGGGCCCGGGCCCGACGCCAGGCCCACGAGGAACCUGAGCUGUUCAACAUGGAGGUUCUACUGGGGGUGGACUACUCCGUGGUCCACUUCCAUGGCAGAGAGAACAUCCAGAAGUACCUCCUCACCCUCAUGAAUAUAGUGAAUGAGAUUUACCAAGAUGGUACUCUGGGUGCCCACAUCAACGUGGUUCUGGUCCGGAUCAUCAUGUUGUGUCCUGCAAAGUCUUUGAGUCUGAUAGAGCUGGGGAACCCGUCUCAGAGUCUGGAGAACGUAUGUCGCUGGGCCUUCCUGCAGCAGAAGGAAGACAGGAGUGAUCCAGAGUACCAUGACCAUGCCAUCUUCCUCACCAGACAGGAGUUUGGCCCCUCCGGCAUGCAAGGUUACGCUCCUGUGACGGGUAUGUGCCACCCAGUGCGGAGCUGCACUCUCAACCACGAGGAUGGCUUCUCCUCUGCCUUCGUUGUGGCACAUGAGACUGGACACGUGCUGGGUAUGGAGCACGAUGGCCCCCCUGGUAAUGAAUGUGGUGAUGAGGUGCCCAUGGGAAGCAUCAUGGCUCCUCUGGUGCAGGCUGCCUUCCAUCGCUUCCACUGGUCCCGAUGCAGCCAGGAGGAGCUCAACAAGUACCUGAACUCGUAUGACUGUCUCCGUGACGACCCCUUCGACCAUGACUGGCCGGCGUUGCCACAGUUACCAGGGAUCCACUACUCUAUGGACGAGCAGUGUCGCUUUGACUUUGGCGCCGGCUACACCAUGUGCACGGCGUACAGCACCUACGACCCCUGCAAGCAGCUCUGGUGCAGUCACCCAGACAACCCGUUCUUCUGCAAGACCAAGAAGGGUCCGCCCAUCGACGGCACUACGUGUGCAGCAGGGAAGCACUGCUUCAAGGGUUACUGCAUAAAGUUGACCCCAGACAUUCUGAGACAGGAUGGUGCCUGGGGCCAGUGGAGUAACUUUGGCUCCUGCUCCCGUACCUGUGGGGGUGGUGUGCGCUUCCGGACCCGUCAGUGUGACAACCCAAUCCCUGCCAAUGGAGGACGCACCUGCUAUGGCAACAGCUAUGAGUUCCAGCUCUGUAACCUAGAGGAGUGCUCCAAGCCCUUAGUUGACUUCAGGGAGGAGCAGUGCAAGAUGUGGGAGCCCUACUUUGAGUAUGACAACACCAAGCACCACUGGCUGCCCUAUGAGCAUCCUGACAUUGAUGAGAGAUGCGAGCUCUACUGCCAGUCUAAGGAGACAGGAGAUGUGGUGGCAAUGAACAGGAUGGUGCACGAUGGCACACGCUGCUCCUACAAAGACUCCUACAGUAUCUGUGUACGGGGAGACUGUGAGCACGUGGGCUGUGAUAACCAGAUAGCCUCAGACAUGCAGGAGGACAAGUGUGGCAUCUGUGGUGGAGACAACUCCACCUGUAAGAUCAUCAAGGGGAACUUCACUAGGAACGCUAAAAAAGAAGGUUUCCUCAAGAUACUUGAAAUCCCUCGAGGGGCCAGACAUCUGUUGAUUCAGGAGUUCAAGGCAACUCCUCACAUCCUUGCUGUAAAGAACCAGGCCACAGGUCAUCUGUUCCUGAACGAUGAGAACGACUUCCCAGAGUCCCGUACAGUGAUAGAGAAGGGGGUGGAGUGGGAGUAUCACAACAAUGACGACAUGGAGACCAUCCAGACCACAGGACCUCUCAGAUACACUGUUCUGGUCAUGAUGCGUUCCCACGGUGACUCAAAGGUUACUCUCUCCUACAAGUACUUUCUCCACGAAGAGCUGCAGUCGUCUAUAGAAAAUAACCUGGUGCAGGAGGACACAGCCUACUUUGAGUGGGCUCUGAAGAAGUGGUCUCACUGCUCGAGGCCCUGUGGAGGUAAGCAGUACACAAGGUUUGGCUGCAGGAGAAAGUCAGAUGGGAAGAUGGUCCAUCGCACCCUCUGUGUGAACAUCAACAAGCCCAGAGCUAUCAGCAGAGACUGCAGCCAGAAAGAGUGCUCCCAGCCAGUUUGGAUCACUGGGGACUGGGAGGAGUGUAGUUCAUCCUGUGGGAAGACUGGCUACCAGACCCGCUCUGUCCUCUGUCUGCAGCCCAUCGCCGGCGGUGGCCAACGUACCAUCCACAGCAAGUACUGUAAUGAUGACAGGCCAGAGGGACGGCGACCCUGCAACCGCCAGCUCUGCUUUGCCAAGUGGGGAGUAGGACCAUGGUCCCAGUGUUCGGUGACGUGUGGCAACGGGACCCAGGAGCGGCAGGUUCUGUGCAACACUUCUGAUAACUCAGUGGGACUCUGCAUGGAGCCCAAACCCAUCACACUCAGAACCUGCCAGCUAGUCCCCUGCACAGGUGACGGAAGAAACGUUUUGAUCCAGUGGCUGUCGCGGGCCAACCCAGAGUUCCCUGCUCCCAAGAUCUCCUCAAGGCAGUGUAAGGGAGAUAGGUCAGCGUUCUGUCGUAUGGAGGUGCUGAACAGGUAUUGCUCCAACCGUGGGUACAGACAGAUGUGCUGCAAGUCCUGCAGCGAGGGAAACUUCACCAGUACGGGCCAGACCUUCACCAGUACGGGCCAGACCUUCACCAGUACGAGCCAGACCUUCACCAGUACGGGCCAGACCUUCACCACUGGGCCCUGGAGGUACACCACACUACCUGCUCCCACCCCCACCAAUGGCUCCUGCUCAACAACCCCCACAACAACCCUCACACCCAAACCCUCCACCAAGCUUUAUACCACUGACUUUGCUUAUGUCGACUACGACGAUUAUGAGGAGUAUACAACCAAAACCAACGAGGACAACACAGCGAAAAAAUAUAGUCCUACCACCAUCCCUGUAUUAACCACCAGACGCCCCAGAAGAACAACCACCCCUUUGGUUACCUCCAGGAGUCCUACAUCGCUCCCCACCACCACUGAGGAGACUACAGAUCCCAGCACCACCAUCACCACCACUCAAACCACCACAGAACCCACCACAGUUCCCACCAGUCAGGGCCCAUCGACUCUCAGAACUACAAAUGUCCCCAAAUCCACCAUGUCCACCACAGCUUGGGUUGAUGUUGUUGAGAGGAAGUCCUGGACAACCCUAGCUCCAUCCACUUCCAGACCUAAAGACAAGAGAUGGAAAACCAUUCCAACACAGCGUAGGGUCAGUGUGAUACGCAUGCCCUCCACCAUAUCCCCCCACAGGACAGAGGACAAGAGAGAGAACAACUGGCUGGAGGUGCCAUACAGGAUCGUUGGUGUAGACAAUGAUGUCUCUCAAAACCACUUUGUUCCUAGAAGACGGCCUCCAUUCCAAGAAAUGACACGGAACAAAAGAAUACAAGAGCUCCUAGCUGAGAAAAGGAGGCAAGGCUUACUCCUCAAACGAGCAAAAAGAGAACCGGGGCCUUGAUAGUCAGUCAACCUUUGAUUCCCUUAGUCUUUAGCACAUCCCAAAGCUAUGCUACGGAGAUUUUCCUGUUGAACGUUGCAUUAGACAUUUUACAGACACUCUUAUCCAGAGCAAUUAGGGUUUAAGUGCCUUGCUCAAGGACACAUCAACAGAUUUUUACCUAGUCGGUCCGGGGAUUCAAACCAGCAACCUUUCGGUUACUGGCACAACGCUCUUAACCACUAGACUACCUGCCAUCAAUGUGUGACAUGAUCCUGCUAUAAUGAAACCACUCAUUCCAGUUCAGAGCCUGUCGGUCAUGUAAAAAUGUAUUGGUUAUCUUAAAGAUGGGAAUUUGGCCUGCUUUGCUUUUUUAUCCAAUGAGGAAAGGGGAUAGAAAUUAAAGAAAACGUACAAAACCAACACAAUUGAUCAAAUGAAUACUAACUCUACAAGUCAUUUUCUGUAAAUCCACUCUCUUGAGCGUUAAUUGCACAUUUGUACUUGCUGCUUGGUAAUAAAGAUAAAUUGAAUCGUUUGUUAUGCUAUGAUGUCAAUACAUAUUGUUUAUUUGUUUAGAUUGUAAACAAUUAAUACAUUACAAAGACUUAUUUAACAGCACUUGUGAUAAGGAAGGAAGUUGCUGUUGUCAGUAGCAGGUUCAAAGAUGGUUUGUGAAUACAUUUUUGUAUUAUUUUUUUUUACAAAACUUUUAAUACUAUUAUAGUAAUGGUAUACACCCCAUAGUUGAGACCAGAAUCAUAUCCAAACUGUAUAAGGCUAGCUUACACUAUCUGUACAUUCCACCCUUACAAUACCAACACACAGCACAUGAUGUCCAAGGCAAAAUGUAAAUAUGACUCAAAUUUUAUUUGUAAUAUUUAUUGAACUGUCUGUUAAAUGAUGUAUGCUUUUCACACGCAGGUGCAUGAGGCAUGUGCUCAUAGGACUAGCAGCCAUACAAUCACUAUGUAGUAUUCUAACACAUUGGUGAAUGGAAACAACAACAUAAACUGUUUUCAUACCUGAUAAUCUGAUCAUUUAAUAAAACUGCAAUUGAA